AUGUCCUAUCAAUAUUUGUUUAAGUUUAUAAUAGUAGGAGAUUAAGGUAAUAGAAUUAUGAAAUUAUGUAGCUGUAGGGAAAUCUUGCAUUUGUUAUUAAUUUUUGAAAAAUUAGUUUAAAGAAAUACAUUUUCUUACAAUUGGAUUAGAAUUUGGAGCAAAAAUUCUGCAAUUAGGGAAUAAAGAAGUAAAAUUAUAAAUUUGGGAUACUGCUGGCUCUGAAAAAUAUAAAGCUAUGACUAGAUAAUAUUAUAGAGCAGCAACAGGAGCAAUAGUAGUUUAUGAUAUCACAAGUAGAGAAUCUUUCUAAAAUGUUACAAAAUGGAUCGAAGAGUGUUAAUAAUAAGGCAAAUAGGAUAUGAUAAUAAUCUUAAUUGGGAAUAAAGUUGAUUUAGAAAUAUAGUAUAAUAUUCAUAAUAUAAAUGGCGAUAAGUUUCCAUAUAAGAAGGAUAGGAAUUUGCGAAUGAAAAGAGGCUAUAUUUUAUUGAAACAAGUGCAAAGAAUAAUUUAAACAUUAUUGAAGUAAUUUUUCACAUAUUUUUUAGGCUUUCUCAUAGGCAGCCACAGAAGCUUUGAAAUUUGUAGAGAAAAAUGAAUAGACAGAUGAACUACCAGGAGUUUAAGUUCAAUAGGCUAUUAAUCUGACUUAAACUUAAAAAAAUAGUUCUAAAUCAG